AUGGCGACGGAGGAUAAGAUUGGCGUGCUCCAUGGAAAGUACGAGCUGGGUCGGUUGUUAGGCCACGGUACGUUCGCGAAAGUCUACCAUGCACGGAACAUCCAGAACGGCAGGAGCGCCGCCAUGAAAGUAGUCGGAAAGGAGAAGGUCAUAAAGGUCGGAAUGAUGGAGCAAAUCAAGAGAGAAAUCUCAGUGAUGAAGAUGAUGAAACACCCAAAUAUAGUAGAGCUUCACGAAGUCAUGGCGAGUAAAACCAAGAUCUAUAUCGCCAUGGAACUUGUCCGCGGCGGCGAGCUAUUCGGAAAAGUGGCGAAGGGUCGGCUCCGGGAAGAAGUUGCCCGGAAUUAUUUUCAGCAGUUGAUUUCCGCCGUUGAUUUUUGCCACAGCCGCGGUGCGUACCACCGUGAUCUGAAACCGGAAAAUCUCCUGUUAGACGAGGAUGGUAAUUUGAAGGUGACUGAUUUUGGGCUCAGCGCUUUCACCGAUCAUCUCCGGCUAGAUGGGUUGUUGCACACCACUUGUGGAACUCCGGCGUAUGUGGCGCCGGAGGUGAUCGGGAAAAAAGGUUAUGACGGAGCCAAGGCUGAUAUUUGGUCUUGUGGUGUCAUUCUUUAUGUUCUUUUGGCUGGAUUUUUACCUUUUCAAGAUGACAAUAUUGUUGCUAUGUAUAAAAAGAUUUACAGGGGAGAUUUCAAGUGUCCGCCAUGGUUUUCCUCAGAAGCUCGCAGAUUAAUCACCAAAUUGUUAGAUCCAAAUCCCAAUACUCGCAUCACAAUCUCCAAGAUCAUGGACUCGUCUUGGUUCAAGAAAUCAGUGCCAAAAGGCGUGAAAACCAAAGAAGAACAAGAGUUCAUGAUCGAAGAUGAAUUUACUGUUGGGAAAUUCGGAAAAGAAACAGAGACCCUCAAUGCUUUUCACAUAAUCUCAUUAUCUGAAGGGUUCGAUUUGUCCCCACUUUUUGAAGAGAAGAAAAGGGUGGAGAGAGAAGAGCUCCGAUUUGCGACGACUAAGCCGGCGACGAGUGUGAUAUCGAGAUUGGAGGAGGUGGCGAAGACGGUGAAUUUCAGAGUGAAGAAAAGCGACUCCGGCGUGAGACUUCAGGGGCAAGAGAGUGGAAGAAAAGGGAAGUUGGGCAUAGCCGCCGAUAUUUUCGCAGUGACACCUGCGUUCCUGGUGGUGGAGGUGAAGAAGACCUCCGGCGAUACUCUGGAGUACAACCAGUUCUGCAGCAAGGAGCUCCGGCCGGCUCUGAAGGACUUCGUCUGGACGUCGACCGCCGAUCAUUCCACGCCGGCAUGA